AUGGUUUCCGGUUCCCCCAGCCUGACCGUGCCUUUAACUCAAUCCACCGCACAGGUCCUGAAAUUCCGAUGCUUGUUCACCCACGAUCUCCGCCGCAAGGCCAAACGCUGGCAAGAUGGCUUCGUUCGCUACCACACCUUCAACAAACGCGUUAUGGUCUUCGAUGACCAGGGAAAUUUCGUGGGUGAUCUACAUUGGCGACAAGAGGAGACGAUCCAGGAUGGGGACGAGUUGGAGUUGGAUAAAGGAGUGUUGAUCCAGGUCGGAGAGUCCAUGGAGAAAACCGAGACGGAUUUAUCACCCCUGUUCGAGAGGAGGAAGGCUAGUCAGACUUCGCCGUCACAGCCGUCGCAGUCGCAAAUGAGGAAUUUUCCGACGCGAUUGUCCCAGCCGUCGUCGCAGCCCUCGCGGUCUUUGAACGAUCUCUUGGGCAUUAGGCGGACUCCGAUAGAACGGUUCAGAUCGCCCCACGAACAACGUCCCACGCCACGACCGAUUCAAAUACCAGAAGAAUCCAGACCCGCGAAGCGACAAAGAACAGUCCCUUCGCAACCUGCACAACGCCCAGCCGUGAUCGACCUGUCUGGGCCGUCUUCCGUCCGGGCGCCCACAGCCAAAGAGCCAACAAAACCGACUUCACGACCUGAGCGCGCACAACCUCCACAACCACCGCCUACAGCUCCCAAUCGUCCUACACCUACCCCACCAAUCACACAACCACGAGCGGGAAAAGUACCAGAAGAACCAUCGCCAGCUUCCAUUCGACCUACACCUGCCCAGCCAGCCACAGUACAACCCCGAAGGAAUCCUCCACCGGUAUCCGCUCGACUUACACCUACACCAACCACGUCCCAUGUUACCAGAUCCGAGCAGACACAAACAUCUGAAAAUGCACGGCCCUCCGCGCACUCCUCAUUCUCCAGCGACUCGACAGCGGCCACCCCGAGAAACACACUCCAGCUGUCGAGAGAAAAGCCUCGUAAGAAGUUAAUGUACCGUGCGCUGUUACCCGACCAAGCAGACGCGUCGGAAACGUGGCCGUCGGAGCAAAGAGAGCCACAGUCAGUAUGUGACAAUGUGGAUUCCCGCGAGGAUGGGACUAACCGAUUUAGGGAGGCAGCAAAACCCGUGGAUCCGGGUCCGGUCUCCACUGAUGUGCAAAUGACAUCGGGUGAUUCCACUCUUGACGUCCUGGCCGAGAUGAUAGAAGACUCGCCAUUUGAGUCGGAUGUCGAGAAUGAAACCAACGCUGUAAAAGAGUCUUCGAAUCAAGCAACCAAACCAGCGCUUCUUAAAAACAAUCUUCCACGACCAGCUCCACCAGAUCCAUGUCCGGAAAUCCCCCCUGCUGCAGUCAACCACGCUGCACGCUCUAUAGCAAUCCCGCCAACACCUGCCAAACAAUCUUCGCGUGGUUUUCAGAAAUCCUAUUCAGAUCCUUCAGCCUUUCACACCGUCAAUAGCAUCCAGUCGCGUCAAUUGCCAUCAAGCACACUUGAGCUGCUCGCAGAGGAUUCAGACGAAGAUGAAGAACGAGAUGAAGAACAGACACGGGAUCAAGUUCAAGAACAAGGUCCGUGGACGGCUGAGGCGUUGGAUCUAUUUGAUUUCUGGCCGCCGGAGAGGCCUAGGCCUGGUUAA